UCGGAAAUAGAAAACAUGUCCUAUUCCAGCCGUUUUGGUUUUGACUUCCAUUUGCCGGACGAGGGAUGGUGCUACCCGAAGAACGACAUGCACUUCAUCCGGAGCGCCGAAUGGGUGCCCGUGGAGAAGGCUGGCGUGGGUCGCUCCUUUGCCAACCCGAAUGGCGUGAUCUAUCCGCGCGUGGUCGGCAUGAUUCCGCGCUACGGAGGACAUGUUCCGGGCAAUAAAUUCCGGGUGGGCAACACCUACGGCCGUUCCACUAUCGACGCCAAGCGUCAUCUGGCCCUCAACCACGAUUGAAUCGCAGGUUCUUAGAUCACUAGCUCACUUAUAGCCAAUAAAAUUUGCUGUGUUACGCUUAGAAAAGCACCCAAAAUAAAUCGUUAACUGUAGUACAGGCGAUUGAAAAACUGUCAUUCUAUGGCAGAUUAAAUAUAAUCAAUUAACAAUAUA